AGCACAGUUCCAGCAGGAGGAUAACUGAUGGACAUUUAGGUUAAAAACAUGAAUAUGAAUGUCUGGGGCUUACGAACACUUGGAUGACACCAAAGAAGCAGCAUGGAGGCCUUUAACAUUGUUUUUUUAUUGUUGAAUAAUUAGCAACAAUACUUUAAUUGUGGCUGCAACACUAUUUACCCCUGAAACUCCAAAAGUGUUUUUUGGACUCUAACACUUUCACUUUUUGGUUGAACUACCCCUUUAAGGUAAGAUUGCCACCCGGAAGAGGAAGGAGAAGGAGAAAAACCCGCCUUCAUUUUAAAUAUGGACGACAUGUAAACACGGGCACGUCUCGUCGCUGCUAACGAGGCUGAGAUCUCCUGGUUCUUCUGCAGUUGUUCGGUCGCAGUGACUGUUUGUGUCCGGGUUCGUGUCCUCGUGUUCCGGCAGAGAUCCACCGCUUCAGGAAGUAAGAGUUCACUUCCUGGUCAGAGAUCCUCUAUUAACCCUUUGAGACAUGCCACCAAAGAAAAAGGCCGGAGUGGCUACAAGAUCAGCAAAGUCAGAGAAAGCAGAAGAAAGUGAAACAGCCUCAUCUGGUGGGAAGAGGAAGGCGGUAAAGGAGAGCUCGGAGUCACCUGAUUCCCCAGAGUUCAGUUGCUGGCUCAUGAAGUCUGAGCCCGACAGCCGCUUUGAGAAUGGCAUUGAUGUGAAGUUUGGGAUCGAGGAUCUGAAGGCUCUGCCCGAUCAGACCGGCUGCUGGGAUGGGGUCCGCAAUUAUCAGGCACGCAACUUUAUGAGGCAGAUGAAAGAGGGACAGUCGGCCUUCUUUUAUCACAGCAACUGUAAGGAACCGGGGAUUGCAGGAAUCAUGAAAAUUGUGAAGGAAGCUUAUGUGGACCACACUCAGUUUGACAAGAAAGAUGUCCAUUACGAUGCAGGCAGCAAACCAGACAACCCAAAGUGGAGCAUGGUCGACGUCCAGUAUCAAAGAAUGCUGAAGCGUUAUCUUCCUCUGUCUGAGCUGAAAAAAUACCACCUGCAGCAACGCGCCAAGGGAGGGCCUCUGAAGGACAUGGCUCUCUUUACAAGGGCCAGGCUCUCUGUGCAGCCCCUCACCACUGAGGAGUUUGACUUUGUCCUGAGUUUGGAGGACAAGGAGCCACUGUGAAAGUGGAGCCUGGUUGACCGUCAGUCCAGUGUUUAUUCAAAGAGUAAUAAGUGUAAAAUCAUUUUAUUUGUGUUUUUUGUUUGUGUUUAUGUUCACAAGUAUUAUUAAAUGUGUUUUUGGUCUA